AUGAGUACCAUGAAAUUUUGUCGGGAAUGUAACAAUAUAUUGUACCCGAGGGAAGACAAAGAACAGAAAAUCCUCCUCUAUGCUUGUCGCAAUUGUGAUCAUCAGGAGGUUGCUGAUAACAAUUGUGUCUACAGAAAUGAGAUACACCAUUCUGCUGGGGAGCGCACCCAGGUCUUGCAGGACGUAGCUGCAGAUCCUACUCUUCCCCGUACAAAAGCAGUUCGUUGUUCCAAUUGUGGUCAUGGAGAAGCUGUUUUCUUUCAGGCAACUGCUAGGGGAGAAGAAGGCAUGACUUUGUUCUUCGUUUGCUGCAACCCAAACUGUGGUCACCGCUGGAGGGAUUGA